AUGGCGUUGAGUCUUCAUACUGCCGACUCCGGGCUAUUGAGGGCCAGGGCCGGUGCAUUUCCGACGAGCUGCACUGGGGCAGGGCCAGCGCCCCCCCGCUUUUCAGGAGGAGGAGAUGCUGAACCAUGGCCUCGGGAAGCAGAUCGUAGAUCUUGGCUUUUGCCGAUUGCUGCGGGUCUGCGGAGAGGGUUCCGGUUGCGAAUGAGAUCGCUGGGCGAUCCAGGACACUUCUCCUCCUGGGAACGUUGGACUUGGGAAGACUGGGGUGCGCGAUACACUCAGCGGCGUCGGCACGAUCCUGUCCCGUCUGGUUUUGCAGCGGCUCCAGCAGCCCAGCGCCGCACCGACUUGACGCAGUGUGCCUGGCAUGCGCUGGCGAAGGCGAGCCAGAUGCAAGGCUCUCGUGCGGCCGCAGCCUUGGCCAAGCUGGCAGGGCCCUCCUGGAGCAACCAGGUCGAGUCUAUAUUGAAGCAGAAGUCUGCAGACGUCUCUUUGGUCUUGGACGGGCCGUGCAACCUGAGCAAUGCGUGGACCAUUCUGAGGACGAUGGACGCGGCCGGACUACUGCGCCUGGAGCUGAUAGACAAGGCAGAACGAGACGCCAGCAUCAACGACUCCUUUGCCCAGGCUCUAGCAGCGCAGCCGUGGAUCCUCGUCCGUCGCUGGCGAACUGCGGGAUCCUGCAUCGAGGCUUCGUUUUCGCAGCGAAGGCCUUGCGGGCCGAAGGCUUCGCAGUGUGGAGCCUCGCGCUGA